AUGAAUGGACGGGUUGUGAUCCCAAGCGGGUUGUCUGACGACAACAACACGGCACAGGCGCCGCCAACUACCGUUCGCGCAAGGGCUGCGCCAUUAACUCUCGUGGUCGUACCUUCACACGCCCGCGCAAGGAGCGCGGUCAACGGUGCGCUGCAGAAGGUUAUGAAGAUGCUACAUGGCAUGGACGAGCGCGUGAAUAAGAUGGAGCUGUCAUAG